GCCCUCAGAGAUUUUCAUUGUUACAUUUGACAAUGCCACGUUCCAGCAAGAGAUCCAGGGCAGCCAAGAAAAGGAUAUCUGCUCCAGAAGACCAAGGAUCCACUGUUGAGAUGCCGAGGAAGAAGAACUGGCGGAAAGGGCGUCAUCACUUGGCUGCUGCUGCAACAUGUAGCGCCUUGUCUGAUUUUUCUCUAUCCACUGAUCCCCACUCUACCCCUUGUGAUAUCCCAUCUUCAUCCCCCACCCCAAGCUCUGAUUUUCCUCCUCUUCCGACCUCUCGGUCAUCUAUCUUUAGGCCCUGUGACUCUCUUUCACAGUCUGUGCCUGUUGUGAGCUGUGAUAAUGUAUCGCAGUCUCUUUCAAGGACCAGUGGAGCAUCGUUCACACUGCCUCUGCAAUCUAUAAGGUGUGCAGCCAUUGGGGCAUACUGUUCUCACGGUGAAACUCUCAGUCACCAAGGAAAAAAACUUGAUACAAACCUUGCAAACUUUUGUACAAAACUGUGCAACGCUGAAAACUUUGAAAUGAAAACUAUUGUAAUACCUGAUGAAAUUAAAACUAUCAAAAGUCAUUCAACAAACUCUGUUGAAUACAUGAACAGUGGUGAGCUGUCCAACACCGUGCCUCCAAGCUGUCAUAACAGGUAUAUACAAGGAUCUUUUCAUCAAGGACAUGUGAUGUUUGCAGAAAAUGCAGGCGUACAAUGUCUGACAAACAGUUUAACAGCAAUGUUGAUGAAUGAACUGAAAGAUGUGUGCACGUGGCAAAGUAGUGACCUUGAUAUUAUUCUUGUGAAUGGAAACGAGCUUUAUACGUCAGUGCAGAACCGCAAUCAGGUAAAACAUACUCAUCUUUUGGUAAGUGAUUUGCCAAAGUCUCAUGUGUUGCAUAAUGUUGAUUUUACAAUUAAUCUUGGACAAGCAUUUAGUGGCAUAGUAGGAGUACAUGAUUAUGAUCCAGAUUUGGCAGACAUGUCAAUAAGCCUUUAUGAAGCACUGCAAAGAGUAGUACUAGAAGAUGACAGCUGUUUUUUGACAAUUAAUAAAAGUACUUGUGCCAUUAUUAAACACACCAGUGGUUAUGCAGUAUUUGACUCCCACGCACGCAGCUAUGAUGGCCUUCUUCAUCCAACAGGAAAAAGUGUUGUGUGUUUCUUUCAAACUUUUGAGGAUAUGUACAGCCAUCACAUUAAUAGGCUUGCAAGUUCAAUGAAUGCCUUUGGAAAACCCCGAGAUAAGUACAGAACUAAUGAAGAGUUCCGUUUUAAACUGCAAGAAUACAGUCAGGCAAAGUACACAAAAGAUGCAUACUUUCAAAGCAGUGUAAAAACACAAAGCAUGCAAACAUAUAUCAAUAAGAAAAAUCUGACAUAUUCCAUGGAUUUUGUCAUAGAAUCCUUUAGAAAAAAUGUCCAAGAAGGCCCUCGAUUUGUUUGCUCAGCUUGUCAUCGCCAGCUUUUUCGAAAGCAAGUCAUUGAAUGUAAACAUGAUCGCUACACAACCAGUCCAACAGUUGCUGCUUUGGCAAAACAGUGCAUUACAGAUACAUAUUUACAGACUUGUAAUGAAGACUGUGAUAAUAACUGCACUGCACAUAUUCAAUCGUCUAAGUUGUGGAUAUGUCACACAUGUCACCGUAAAAUUGGUGCUGGUAGAAUGCCUCAAGAAAGUGUAGCCAACAAUUUGCAUUUGGAAGCCAUUCCUUCUCAGCUACAGUGCUUAAAUUCACUUGAGCAACACUUAAUAGCGAAACAUAUUCCUUUUAUGAAACUGUUGGCAUUACCAAAGGGCGGACAAAAUGGUUGCCAUGGACCUGUCGUAUGUGUUCCAUCUAAUGUCGAUCAAGUAACAAACAUGCUCCCACGAAAUGAUGGAAAUGAUUUAAUGUUACGAAUUAAACUAAAACGCAAAUUAACAUACAAGGGGCAUUAUGAAUAUAAACAUGUCCAUACAAACCAUGUCUAUAAUGCGUUGGAGUACUUAAAGUUAAAUAACAAAUGGUAUCAUGACAUUAGCAUUAAUAAUGAAUGGAACAAUGAAAUAUGUGAUAAUGCUGUGUCAAUACAUACAACAAGCGUUUCUAAUGAAAGAAAAAAGAACAAAACGGAAAAUGAUUCCGAAAGUGAUGAUCCUGAAGAAGAGUUGACAUACACUGAACAAACACAUGGAAUGUUUCUAGACACAUGUUUACAACCAGUAGAUAUUGCACAAGAAGUUUUGGAUCAACAUUUUGACUCUGUGUUAUCAGUUGCCCCUGCUGAGAAUAAUCAUCCCAUUAAACUGUUAGAAGAUGCUACAAAUGAAGGAAAAUGUUUUCCUAUGUUAUACCCCACGGGAGCUCCUACUUUUCAUGACCCUCGCAAAGAAAGAAUAACCCUGGCAAAAUAUUUAAAUACACGUUUACUGAAUGCUGAUGGCAGAUUUGCUAAAAACACAGACUUCAUAUUCUAUGCCCAGUACAUAUCAGAAGUACAACAAGUUCUUUCAAAUGUUUCAAUUGCCAUGCGCAAAGGUUCAGGCACUGAAUUGACUCACAAAGAGCAACCCAAUUUGUUAACUGAUGCAGAAUCUUUAAAACGAGUGUUAAAAAACGACGAAGGCUACAAGUUCUUAAGACCUAUACGUGGAACACCCCCCUUUUGGCAAUCUGCACAAAAAGAUCUGUUUGCUAUGAUACGACAACUAGGAAUCCCCACAUGGUUUUGUUCAUUUUCCUCAGCUGACAUGCGCUGGCCUGAAAUGAUAACAACACUCAGUCAUGAACAAAAUAAAAAUGUGCCUAUUGAUGAACUGACUUGGUCAGAGAAAUGUGCAUUGUUGAAACAAAACCCAGUUACAGCUGCAAGAAUGUUUGACCACAGAUGGCACAGUUUCUUAAAAGAUGUGAUUAUGUCUCCAGCUGCUCCUAUUGGAAAAAUAUCAGACUACUUUUACCGUGUAGAAUUUCAAAACAGAGGCUCCCCUCACUGUCAUUGCUUAUUCUGGGUGGAAUCAGCCCCUCAAAUUGACAAAGACCCUGAUGAGAAAGUUGUAGACUUUAUUGACAAAUAUGUAUCUUGUGAACUGCCAUCAUCAGAUGAUGAUGAACUGUGUGAGAUUGUAAACACUGUGCAAAAACAUAGCACUAAGCACUCAAAAACCUGUAGGAAAAAAAAACAAUGUCGGUUUAACUUUCCACGACCCCCAUCUUGUCGAACAUUUAUUGAUCGUAUUGUCCAACCUGCAAAAAAAAACUUGAAUGUCACUUAUGCACAAAAUCAAUGCAAUACAGAACAAUCACAUCAACCAAUGAAUGAGGAAGACGAAUUGAGAAAACUGAUGACACCAGACGUGGCUGAAAAGAUGUUGAAAAUGGUCAGAACAACUUUACUAAAUAGUGACCAAACAUUUGAAUCGACAGAGGAACUGUUUGAAAGCAUCGGCAUUUCACAAUUGCUUUUUGAAAUAGCAAAUUCACAACUAACCAAUAAAACCAGCGUUGUUUUAAAAAGAAAGCCCGGUGACAUUUGGAUUAACCAAUUCAACAAAGACCUGUUAAGAGCUUGGAAUGCCAAUAUGGAUAUUCAGUACAUUGUGGAUGCAUAUUCUUGUGUAGUGUACAUUAUUUCUUAUAUAUCCAAAGCAGAGAGAGAAAUGGGAUUGUUACUCGAUUGUGCACAAAAAGAAGGACAUAAAGGCAAUCUGGAUGCCAAAGCUGCAUUCAAAUCACUCGGCAGUGUUUACCUUCAUAAUAGAGAAGUGUCUGCACAAGAAGCAGUAUAUCGACUAACUGGAAUGCAUUUAAAGGAAUGCUCACGCAAAGUAACUUUCAUACCAACAGGAGAACACCCUAUGCGCAUGAGUUUACCUCUCAGUGUAUUGCGAGACAGAAAACAAAAUGACAACAAUGAACAUAACACUAUAUGGAUGACAAGUGUGAUAGACAGGUAUAAACAUAGACCACAAUCACCACUGUUUCAAAACAUGUGCCUUGCCACGUUUUGCUCGGAAUAUCGAGUCUUGAGUCAAAGUGAAGUCCCAGCUAAUCCAAGCGAAUGUGUCGUUCAACUUCAGGACAAUUCUGGCCACAUCAGAAAAAGAACACGCACGGAACCAGCUGUUAUUAGAUAUGCAAGACUGUCACCCACAAAAGAUCCAGAAAAAUAUCAUCAAAGCCAGUUACAAUUGUUUUUGCCCCACUAUGAAGACUGUCAGUUGAAACCACAUCCUUUUGUAACAUACGAAGAUUUUUACAAUGUUGGAAUUGUACGUGACUUCAGUGAUGACAUAGACAAAGUUAAAGAAAUUGUUGAGAAUAAUAGGUCCUUGUAUGAACAAAAUUCUGACAAACUAGAUGAUGCUCAACUCAUUAUGGAACAGCAGGUUGAUUUGGAUGAUGCAUGGGCACAGAUUUGCCCCCAGUCUGAAAUGGAACGCCUUCAAUGUUUACAAUCCCAGGAGGUUAUGCACAAUAAAACUGAUUUACAACCCAUUUCAGAAAAUAUUCCAGACCUGACAGAAACUUUGCCUAUGACUGGUAACAUAGAAGUUAGAAAAACAUUCAUGACUAAAGAAGCAGCAUGGAACAUAAUGAGAUCUUUAAAUGAUGAGCAAGCGCGCAUAUUUUACAAACUACGUCAGUGGAGUUUAGAAACAGUAUGGGGACGAAAACCACAACAAAUACACCUUUUUGUCACUGGUGGAGCGGGCACAGGAAAAAGCCAUUUGAUUAAAGCCAUACAUUAUGAGUUGUCUCGAAUUUUAGCGCAACUAUGUACAAACCCUGAUGACACUACAGUGCUAAUAACAGCUCCUACUGGCGUUGCCGCGUAUAACAUUGGUGCUGCUACCAUACACAACACUUUUUGUAUUGGCACAGAUGUGCGAUUACCUUACCAGCCGUUAGGUGAGGAAAAGAUAAACUCUUUACGAGCUAAACUAUCCAAUUUACAAUUACUGAUCAUUGAUGAAAUAUCAAUGGUAGACAACAGACUCUUUGCAUACAUUCACGGAAGACUAAGACAAAUAAAACAAUCCGGAGAUCAUUCUUUGUUUGGAAAAGUUAGCAUGGUUGCUGUGGGAGAUUUUUACCAGUUACCGCCUGUGAAAGGGAAACCUCUGUACAGUGAUAUGCCAGGACUGAACAUUUGGAACGAUCACUUUGAAAUUGCACAUUUGACACAAGUUGUGAGACAAAAAGAUUCAACUUUUGCUGAGUUGCUAAAUCGCAUACGUGUCCAUCAAAAAUCAACUCCUAUGUUGCCUACCGACGUUGAAAUAUUGAAGCAAUGUGAAACAGGAGAAGUCUCGAAUGCACUCCACAUUUUUGCUACAAAUAAACAAGUUUGCAAUUACAACUGUCAAAUGCUCAAUUCAAUUUGCCCAAAUGCUAUAACUAUUGAAGCACAAGACUUUGAGCGUAAUCCAAAAACAGGACGUAUGGAAAGAAAGAAUGGCCACCACACCAAAGUUUUUAAUAGUUGUCUUAAGCCAAGUGUGAGUUUGGGUAUACACGCGUGCAUCAUGCUGACUAAAAACAUUGACGUUUUAGAUGGACUCGUUAAUGGUGCUUUUGGGACAGUUAUCCAAAUCAUGUUUGAUAUGGACAAAUACUUUCCCUCUGAAAUACAUGUUGAAUUUGAUGACAGUAAAAUUGGACAACUGCAAAGAGCUAAAAUAACUACAGCAAAUAAUACUCAUCGAAACCUCACAAUAAUUAAACCUGUAGAGGACAGAGUCUCGAACAAUGGUGGAAUACGCCGUCAGUACCCAAUACAAUUAUCCUGGGGUUGUACCGUUCACAAAGUUCAAGGUCUUACAGUGAAAAGUGCAGUCGUAAACUUGAAAAAGAUAUUUGCACCAGGACAAGCUUAUGUAGCUUUAAGUCGUGUGUCUUCGCUGUCAGGCUUAGUAAUUGAAGACUUAAACGAGUCAAAGAUUUAUUUCCAAUGA